AUGACGGACACGGCGACCGGCAUCUUGGCAGGGUUUCUGCCCGCGCUGACGAAACAAAUUGCAGACAGCGUCGUGGAAGUCACAGGCGAAGUGGAAAACGCUCUGCAUCAGAAACUCGAGUCCACGGGGAACAAGAAGCGACAAGCGAGACAGCUGAAUGCAGUUGCAAAGGGCUCGGGAGCGUACAUGGACAAAGUGCAUCGGGCCUUUGCCAAGAACUUUCACAAGUUUGAGCUGUACGUUUGUCGCAACAUUGUGUCGGUGCCAGACGCGCUCGUGGAGACGGUCGCGCAGCUCCGAGCCGAGAGGGGGAGCACGCAAGAGGGAAGUGAGAGAGCCCAUCGAGAGCGGGAAGGAGAUGGCGAUGGAGAGGAAGAUGCCGCGUCUCUAGUGUCGAAAGAAGAGCGAGAGGAACGUCAGGUGGACGCGCAGCUCGAUGCUCUGCGUCUGCGAUUGCGCGAGUUGACUGUGACGAACCAACGCCUCGAGCUCGAGCAGAGGUCGCUGGCUGAGCGCACGCACCACUUCCAGGGCCUCUUGUCCAAAGUCGCCUUCCUAGACGAUGUGCGUGAGCGGGCGCUCUUGCCGCUGAAACGCACUGCCGAGCACGUCACGGCGCUCCGCAGCGCGUUGUUGCAAAUGGACAGCGUCCAGGCGACACUCGAAGAGGAUGUGCGGCAGUACAAGCGAUCGAAAGUCGCGACACGGGGUACGUUCCACAACCUGCGCAAGCGCUUUGCUGCGAGGACAGCUGAAAUGACGUACCGCACAACAGAAGACCUGGAAGAGCUGCACGCGAAAUUGCUGACCAUGUGA